AUGCCGAGGCAUGUCGUGCUGCAUCCAUCAAAAUUCGAGUACAAGUCGGAGGUGCAGUACAACCAAAACAAGGGGAAUUUGAACCUCUACAUCUACGUCCCAGUUACCACUAGCACCAUCUCCAUAAGCCUCUAUGAUCAUCACGACUGGUUCAGUCACGAUUUGGUGGGCAAAGCCACCUUUAACCCCCAGACGGACUGCGGGAAUGAGGAGAUCUGCGCCUUCAGGAUGCGCUUCCACAGCUCAGAGACCAUCGUUGAGGAGGUCGCCUGGGUGGAUACACGCUGGAUCAAAGGUACCCAGCUGCGACCGGAGGUGGAAGCCGCGAACAAGAGGGGCAUUUGGGUGCACUACGAAGAGGAAUCGAGAGAAAAGAGCAAGUACAAGCUGACGAGCGUUAAGGCUGACGCUGUGGACAAGGAGCUGCUAUUUGCCAAAACGGGAUCGGUAUUUCCAGCAUCUUUGCAUGGACUUCAUUGGAUGGACCAGCGUGGGACAUCCUUGAAAAAUGGCCCAUAUCCAGAGGAGCCUCAGUACCGCCAGACCUGUUCCCUGGCCGCGGAUGAAGUCUUCCUUCACUUCGGGGAAGCUGCUUGGAACCCCGCCACGAAGUGUGUCACAGGGGUGAGGCAGUUCGGUGGCGGCCCCCUGAGUGGCCACUGGUCCUGGCUGGAUCAAGGUGGGCAGACCAGCGACCAGUGGACGGCGGGCGAAGGAUGGAACAUGAAGUACGACUUCUGUUUCCGGGACGAGGCAAUGACCUACGUCGACGUGCUGAUCCGCGUCUCCUUGAGCCGUGCCGUGGCAGAUACCUUGGGCUUGGAGUCCAUGUUCCCGCCCCAUGUGGAGGUCACUGUGCCCGUAUGGCUGAACAACGUGGGCAUGAAGAAAACGGCCUUCGGCUGGGAUCGGGUGACGACCAUUGGCCCCUCCUGGCUUCGAAAUCUCAUCCGCCACGCCUUCAAAUCCUCGGUGGUCCAAGCUGUCUUCGGCAUGGGCACAGGUUUAGGAGCCGGAGAUUUCCUCAGCGACGGUCUGGAGUGUCAUUACCCUUUGCUGCAGAUCGUGGACGGCAAUGGCAACCGCACCAAGUACUUUCAAGACUAUUUGAACUACAUCAACCAGGGAACCACUUGCGAAGCCUCCACCUUUGAUUGUCAGAAGAACCGGGCGCCGGGCACUGUGGUGAUUGGGCGCUUGCAGAAAUUCUGA